CAGCUGAAGUGAUGAUAAAAGGUGGACGUAGUCCUCGUUACAUCCAAACCAGAACUCAGCGACUCCCUCCAAGGCAGGUUCUGCAGAUCCCCCUCAGACCGUCUGAUCCAAGAUGCAGAGGUGCUUCGGGGUUUUGUGCGUGUCACUCAUCUUCUGUGCAACUCUCUCUGAGAGCAUCGGGCUGGUCAUCGCGGUCGUAUUGAUCACCUAAUUCAGAUAAAGGAUUCCCCCAGUGCCAGAGGCAGAGACGAGCUGGUCACUCAAUAUGGAAUAGAUGGACACAGGACAAUGGGAGACAAGGUGGGCCUGGCUGGCAAAAGGGACAUGGGUCCAGAGGAAGACUUCAGAACAGGAGCUCUCAGAAUAGGAGAUGAAGACAUCAUCCACACUGUCAUUGAUUUCUUGUCGUACCUCAAGCUUAAAGAGAUGGGAGCAUUGGACACCCUGUCUCCUGCUGUCACAUCAGAUGAACUGACCAAUCCCUGAAGAGUCUGCCUCUCUCCAACAUGUUUCUGAUUUCAAACCUAAAACUAUUUUAGCUUCACUGACACUCUGAUGUCCUC